AUCUUUGCAGAUCAAGAAACAAUUUUGCUUGAAAGACAUUGAGAAAGCUCUUAAAGCUAUGAAGAAAGAUUUCAAAGAUCAGCCAGUAGAUGAGCGUUGCCAGAUUGUUUUACAUUUUAUUGUUACUUUACUUCACCAAGUAAAAUUAAACGUAGCCCCCACACUUAUGCUUCCUGAUGAACAUUUCGUUUUACGCGAUUCAAACAAACUGGUCUACAACGACGUACCCUGGUCACCACGGGACCCUAAACAAACUUAUGUACAUGGCAUCAUCCCACUAACUCUGGCAAAGAAGCUGGGUGUGGAGCUAAGAAGAAGCAAAAUACUUGAGAAAUUUGUGGCCACUUCCAGUCAACAUUGUCAAUUUCAGAGUGUUGACUUUGUCCAGCAUGAGGAACUAACCAGUAGGAUUCAAAACAUCAUAAGAGAUUAUCCGUUGCAUAUUACAAUCCUUAAAGAGCUACUACAGAACACUGAUGAUGCCAAAGCAACUAAAAUGUAUAUAAUUUUGGAUAUGCGGACCCACGGAAAACAAGGAGUAUUAUCACAGAAUUGGGGUAAACUACAAGGCCCAGCUCUUUUGGUGUGGAACGAUGGUGUCUUUGCAGAGAAAGAUUUUUUGGGUAUACAGAAGCUGGGGUUUGGUAGUAAACGCACUAAUUAUGAAAGCAUUGGUCACGGCAUCGGUUUCAAUGUAGUUUACCACCUCACUGAUUGCCCUAGCUUCAUCACUGGAGGAGAAACAAUGUGUGUACUGGAUCCACACUGUAAGUAUGUGCCUGCAGCUAAUGUGCUCUCUCCAGGACGAAGAUUUGAUGGUUUGAGUCAGGGAUUCUGGGAAGUGUUUCCUGAUAUGAGCUCCGCUUUUCUGCAGUCUGGCCUUGAAAAUUGCCCUCCUGAGCUUAGUGGUGGCUCUUUAUUUCGAUUUCCUUUGAGACACACAAAAGAACAUUUACUAGACUCAAAAAUUAUCCCUAGACACAAGAAUGGAACUCCUGUUGGUGAACCUAUAACAUCUAGAACCAUGCUUAAAAUGCUAGAAGAAUGGGCACCCAUUGCGAAAGAAGCAAUGCUUUUUCUUAACAAUGUUACAAAACUAAAAUUCAUGGUUAUAGCAGAAAAUGGGAACACUAUAAACAUCACGAAAAUGUAUUGCACUGAAGUAGAAGAAGUAGCACAAAAGAAGCGUCAAGAGCUCCAUAAAGCAAUGUCUAGCUUCAACAAGAAGAAAGGAAACAAAUCUCUUGUUAUCAGAUACCCAUUAACCAUCAGUGAAGUACAGUGCUCAUCUGGAAAGGAAAUUUCAACUGAAAACAAGUGGUUGAUACAACAAGGAUUAGGAGAUAUGGAGAAUGAACAACAGACAUGGAGUUUUAUUGAAGCAAUCAAGCCUAGGCACGGGAUUGCAGCUCCAUUAUCACCAUGGAAUUCACUUCCGAAUGAGGAAAAGCUCAAGGGAAAAUUGUUUUGUUUAUUGCCUCUGCCUCUGCCAGUUACAUCAAAACUACCAGUGCAUAUAAACGGACAUUUUAUUUUGAACUCAAUGAGUAGAAAUUUGUGGAGUUCUACCGAGGAGGAGAGAGAAGAUCAUCAGUCUGUUUGGAAUAAUAAACUCUUUCAAGCGAUAUCCUCUUCGUAUGCAAUCCUUCUUGAGCAUUGUCAGUCAUUUUAUGUAUCCACUGAGCCGUACCAGGCAUGGCACAUAGCAAACCAUGAUAUCAGGAAGUACUAUGAGAUUUUUCCACCCACAUAUGAAAUGGACAAACUAUUCAUAAAAUUUGCAGAGAGUGUCUAUGAAAAACUAGUUGCCCGCAACAACAACAUUUUAGCUGUAGUUGAUUACAAGGAAUACCCUGCAAGUCUUGUACCAAUGUCAACAAGAUCAAGGAAUAGUGAGUCAAAGCAAUUGCAAGUAAAUUGGCACCCUCCUAAAAGCAGUGAUCCAUCUACUCAAGUAUACUUCUGGUCUUUUGUUGAUAAACGGGGUGAACUAAGAGCGAUUAUUGAAGACAUCGGCAUGAAGUUGACAGUAGCGGGUAGCUUUAUUCAAGACCAGCUCAACCAAGCCAUAAAAGAGAGUGCUAGUAAAAUCGAAAGGACUAGCCCGCAAACAGUAUUUGAAUACUACUCAAAUUUUUGCUCUCAAAUAAGCAACACGGGAAAAUUCCCAUGUGGAAUUAGUGACACUGUUUUCAGAGAUACUUCUACGUUCAAACUUUUCACUGAAUACCUCCUAGGUGCAAGCAAACUAAUUGCAGAUGGGUCCUCAAGGACUAUAACCAGCCCUACUGAGCAGUUGAAAUUCCCAAAAGAACCUUUUGGCCAACCCCUUCUCUUAACAGCUGAUGGUAUAUUGAGAAGAUUCCAUCAACAUACAAAGGUUGUCAAAUCUAACUUUUCUGAUCUUUUUCCUGAUAGUCAAGACUGUUUUCUCCACCCUGUACUGAUCAAAGUUUUGUAUAGCAGCAACUACUUUAUUGUAUGUGUACAUUUAUCAGACAAUGCGUAUAGUCUAACCCUUUUCGACAAGCUUUUAAGCAAUCACUUACCUAACUGCCUCAGAACAAAUCGAGUAAUUCAGUUUCCCCAAAGUCUGCCAAGGAAACUAUUGAUCAGAUACUGGAAUUGUUUUUCAGAGGAUCCAGUUUUUAGUUUCAAUAUGCCUCACAUUUUGAAAGAAUGGGCUCUUCUUCCGAGUAUCACAGGCAGUUUACAUUCCUUCAGUGACACUCUUAUACCAAUCGUUCCCAUUUCUAUGCAGGAGGAUGGGGAAUAUCUUAAAAUUUAUCAGGUCCUACAAUACAUCGGCAUACCAGUUUUGGACACAAACGUAGUUGGUUCUGCUUACCUGUCUUGUCCAACUGUAAAAGAUACUGCAGCUAUUCUGAAAAUAUUGUUCCAUUUAAAUCAAGAGAUUGAGAAGGAACUAUCUGUGGUAAUCGACAAAGAAAUGAUUGGUAUUAUCAUUUCCUACCUCAGUAACAUUAACUUCAGAACUGACUUAAACAGCCUUAGCCAUAUAAGGUCUCUUCCUCUAUUUGAGUGUGUUGAUGGCGUUUUCAGAGCAUUACAACGUAAAACUGCAUAUGUUUGGCCAAGCAAUGCUUGUGAGGCGGGAUAUUCUGAAUGGAACAAGUACACUCCAAAUGCUGUCUUCCUGCACGGACGUGGUUCCUGGACAGAUUUUGGCGCUCCAGAGGAACUUGAAGUAAAUGUUGUCACUGCAGAAGAUCUUUACUGCAUCUUUAUCUUCGAAUUUUUCUCCUAUAUCAGCGAGAUGAACAGGUAUGAACAUCUAAGAUAUAUUAGAGUCACCUUGCUCGACAAAAAUGUGAUUUACAAGAAAAUCAAAUCCAAGUGUGAAACAGAAAACAUAGCAAGGGCUAAACGAUUUCUUAAAAAAUUAGGUUCACUCCGCUGUAUUGGUAUAGACAAAUUGCUGCCAGUUAACAGCUACUGCAAUCAUGAGAUUGACAUAUUUCUUACUUUCCACAAACACUUUUCAUUUCUCCCUGAAUAUUUCAGGAGCUCUCCAUCAUGGACUGAAUGGCUAGCUUUCUUCAAAGAGCUUGGAUUGAGGUGCACAGUCAAUCACACUGAGUUUCUCGAGUUCUGCAAAGAAAUUGCAGGAGGAAAUCACAAGGACAUUGUAAAAACUUCGACAGUUCUCCUUCAAUAUUUAUCGUCUGACAGUGCUAAGGAAGCAAAAUGGCACAGUGACAAUUAUUUCCUACAUCAAGUGGCAGAGAUACCAUUUGUGCCUACUCAAAUCCAUCCAGAAGUGACAUGGAUCAGUAGCGCAAAAUGUGGAUCAAACAAUAUAGUGAUGAACAGGCGCAUGUGCUCCCUCGCCAAACUCAGUGAAGCUGCCAUUACAAACUGUACACCUUUCUUGUGGACUGUAAAGCCGAUAGUUAAUCUUCCUGAAAAUUGGAGUCCGUUGACUUAUAGUGAACACCGCCUAUUAGCAGAUAAACUAGGCAUUACAUGUGAUCCUACAGUUGAUCAUGUAAUCAAAAACAUGCAGAAUAUUAGUGCUAAGAAACGAUUCAGCAACUUUCAAAACUUUGAUCAAUAUCCAGAUUCCAACAUACCUACUUCUGAUCAAGCCACGUCACUUAUGUCAGUGAUUGUACAAAACCUGACAUUGCUAGAAACGAAACAGGACGAUGUUAACGAUGCUCACAUACAGCUAUUGAGAGAUAUGCAUUGCAUUCCGGUGUAUAGUACAUUCGAGAAGACACACAAGCAUCAUAUAGUCCUUGUGAAGCCUUGCAGUGUCUUGCAUUACAGUGCAAUUUCAACAGAUAAAUAUCAUCCGUUCCUUCAAAUACUUGAUAGCCAGCUAGAAUGUCUAAAGUUCAUACUUCAGCAGAUUGGAGUCGAGUCUUCAAUUGGUUAUAAUCACAUUCAAUUAGUUCUUCAAAAAGCCUAUGAACUUUCUGCUGGGCAGGUACUUGAACAGAAAACAAGGAAAUGUGUAUUUGCAAUAAUUAAAGAGCUCAUUGAGUUGCUGAGUGUUAAAUCAUCCAGUGUUUUAGUUUCAAAAGGGAGUGAGACCCUCUCUCCUCUGUAUUUGCCUAAUGAUAACACAACACUAGUCCUCUCAACACAAUUGCUAUAUGUUGACGCUGACACAUUUUUGGGCAGAUUUCAUUUUGAGGAAACCUGCUAUUCCCUUCUAAAGAUUAGAACAAAAGACAAUAAGAUCCAACUUUUCGAGAGAGAUUUCUGUGAAAUGCUGUCACUCGCUGUUCGUCCUAUCGGCUUAUCUAAAGUUUGUAUCUUAACGGUUCAGCCGGAGUGUGAACCCAUUGACCAUACAGAUGCAGGCAAUGAUUUGAUUCAAACGUUUGAAAUGAACAACAUUCUGCCACAGGCAGUUUCUGCAUGCGUGCGCUAUUACACCAAGGCCAAGCAACCUCUGCAGAAUGUAGAAUCUAUUGUUAGGGAGUUUUUGGCCAGCACAGCAAUACAAACCUUUCGCCAUUUGCGAAUGGUUGUCACUUUUAAAGAGAACCAAAAAUUGAUUGGUAAUUUGGACACAAAGUUUUACUUAGAGACAACUGGAGACACUCCUGACGGAUGCUUAUACCUGGACUCACAGUUGGCCAAGAAUAUUCACCAAGUGGUACGGGCUUUGUGCAACAGACUAUUUCAGCUAAUUAUAAGUAAACUAGAACAACCACAGCUAAUUACUGAUGAUGUGUGUCCCAAAUUGAAGGAUGUGCUUGUUCAGCUCUUAAGUGUCCAGAAUCCCCAUGAAGUGAAGGAUAUUUUAGAGGUAAAUAGAAUUCCACUGACUGAAGAAAGAAUGAGCGAGGUCACGUUCAAACUGGGUAAAGAAGUUGCAGAGUGCUGGCAUCAUAGACUUGAUCAAGCAGUUGAGAAUGUAUUUCAUCCUGGAGAGAUUGUUGGAUAUGAAGUAAUGGAGAACCUCAUUGUUUACGUCGAGGUUAUGUACCCUAUUUUGCCCAAAGGGUGUGAAAGUUUUGAUGUCAUCCCUCGAAUCAGUAUGAAAUACAAAAUAUUGACACACCAAGAUGAUGAAGAAGGAAUCGAAGUAGGUGUACUUAAGCUCUACAAAUUCCUCAGAGGUUUGAAGAAAGAAAAGAUUCUUGCAGAAGGGACAGAUGUUGUACCAUAUGGGGGUGAAACAGACAUGGACACGAUUAAUUUGCAUCAAGAAGUGCAGAGCAAGAAUCUUAAAAAGAUCGAAGAUGUUCUAUUAUGUCAACUUGAUGAGAUAUGGAAGCUACCAAAAGAAGAGAGAAGGAAAGCUAUUAGACGUCUUUGUCUUAAGUGGCAUCCUGACAAGAACCUCGAUGAUUCAGCUGUGACUGAAGAGGUGUUUAAGUUUCUAAAUUCUGAGAUAUCAAAAAGAGAUGUGGACAAAAAUAUUAACCUGCAAUGGGAGGAUCUCAACAAAACAGCGCAGCGUCAAAGAGAAAGUUACACAAGAGAGCAAGAGUCAUCGUCCCGAUCCCAGGUAGGGGGAGGAGGGAUUAGUAGUACUAGCUGGGGUGGAGCUAAUACGGAAAUGCCACGGUUUAAAGAGGAAGAUCUUCGCCCUGAAACUAAUCCAGCGGAAGGAAGACGCUGGUUAAAGCAAGCUGAGGCUAACUGUAAGUCUCUUAUUGUAUUAUUUACUGAGGCGAUUCAUGAGGAAAAGAUAUGUGCUGAUGUUUGCUUCAUGGCAUACCAAGUAGCAGAGAAAGCUCUCAAAGGAGGCAAGUAUUUUGUGUGCGGUAUGAGCGAAAACUCAAUGAAAUUUCACCACAUCAGCACUCAUGCAUACGGCCUACAGUCUGAACGUCCUGGGGAGACGCGUGGACUUGCCGGUCACACCAUAUCCUUGGAAAGCUACCACCUUGACCCCAACUACCCACUAUCUGCUAUUGUGCCAGCUGAAAAAUACAACUGCGAGCAGGCCGAGCAAGCUAAGGAUCAUGCUGAGGCUAUAUUAAGAAUUAUCAAGAACAUUGUAGAGCCGAGUAAUUAGUUUUUGUAUAUAGCUGCAUGCAGGUGGACAUAAUUAAUUUUGUUAUUAUAGUUUUGUCUGUAUACUACUAGAGGUUGCAUGACACUAGUACCAAGUGUCCAUAUAAUUAUAGUAAUUGUCUGCCGACUUUUGUCAUUUCAAUCAUAAUUUUACCACAGUGUAUAAUUACGUAUAAUACCAUGUAUAUAUACAUGUAUG